AUGGAAUCGCCUAGAGGAGGUGUGAGAUGGCCACGCCAGGACCGCGAUAGCCACAGCACGCCUGUCAUGUGGGCCACCAUUCGACAAAACCCAAUUCUGGAAGCAUGUUUGAAAUCGGGGACUUCUGUGCUACCGAGAGAUGGCUUCAAACUCUGUUUUGCCCAAGGAUUUCGACAGAUCGAUCCAUCUGAAUCUUUGGAACAGAAGUUAACACAAUCAGCGAUAAAAGCGGCUACCUUGAUGAAGUGGAGGCAGUCAUGGAAGGCAGUACCGAACAGGCAUCGAUCUUCGUAA